AUGGAUGAGGAUGGUUUCGCGUUCAAAGACAAGCUUUGCGCCUCGCACUUUUGGGGCAAAGGAUGUUUGAAGGGUCGCAAUUGCCCGGAUGCCCACGAGUUUGACGAGCUGUCUUGGGCCAGCAGAAAGCAGGCUGAGCUCUGGCUUCUCUGUGCUCAGCCUAACCGCCCGGAUUUUAAGCGCCAGACGCAAAUUCUGUAUUCCGUGUUGCAGGAGUUUGGACAAAGCGAAAAUCCGACAGAAAGAGAAGUGCAGAGUUGGCCGCAGCAGAAAGUAUGGGAAGGAUUGCAUGAGCUACCAGUAUGCAUUUCCAAGCAUUUGGAGCUGCUGAAUGCCUUCCUCGAAGCUGACGGGGUUCGCAUCAACGAGACACACCAUCAGAUACAAGUUCCAGCAGGUUGUGUUCACGAAGAGAUUGAGAGAAGGAAACAUUUGGUGAUGAAGAUGCUUCUGGUGCUGCAGGACAUUUUCGAUUUCGGCAACGGCUCGGACAUCCCAAAAACCAUCCAUGGGAAGGAUGUGAACAAGUGGGGUUUCCAAGAGAGCGAAGGUAGAGAACAAUGUGGAUACUACUCGAGAGAUGGAUGGUGCUCGUUUGGGCGGUGCCCCAAGAACCACUCCUGUGACUUGCACGUGUCUAAGUUUCGCAGGGGCACGGUCAUUCAUGGGAUCGUGGGCCAGAGAUUGGUUAUUGACGUCGAGGACGAGAAACUCAAGGUAAUGCUUCCUCUUGUGGAGUGGCCCAUUGACUACAAGCUACCAGCUGACGGCGAGACCGUUUAUUACAAGUUGCAGCUCCGGCAAGACCGCCUAUGUGCUCUGGUGAAAGUUCUUCAGUCCGAGGCUGAACCGCUGAAAGCCAUGUUGGAUGGCCCGGGACGCGUUCUGGUCCGGGUUCUGGUUCGACGGCGUUGUGCUCGAGAAGAGGAACGCUGGGCUUUAUUUGAUACUUGGGUGACACAGGAAGGCUUCCAGAUAAAGCACGAAAGCAUGUAUGCGUAUGAGAAGAUCCGGAUGGAUGCUCACCUUGAGUUCCGCCAAUCCGCUGGCCGCUCCAAAAUGCUUGUGGUGGUACUGGGCCCGCCUGCCUUCGAGGAGCUCAUGUUCGUCGAUGAGGAUGACAGCGCUUACCGGAAAUCUCUUCAGGCGGAUGGGGAGAGAGACGAAGAGGAUUUGCCCUUCAAGGCUUGGACAGCCUUGAACCACGAGCUCUGCGACAUCGAACGCAGAUUCCGAGACACUCCAAGCACGAGAGUCAACUCUCGAGCCCUUCAACCACGCAGCACUGGAGCCUUUGAGGAUUUCGCUCGGACUGUGCUUCUGGAUGGCUUCACGCGCCUGGCACGAUGCAUGUGCCGCUGGAAACUCAAGAAGGAAGGUGAGAUGGCAGAAGCGACCGAGUCGCAGCAGGCGAAUCGUGAUGCCUGGCUGUCUGCAAUAUUCAAGACUUGCGACAAGAACGACGGCAAUCCCAGCUUUGCAGUCCUGCCUGAGCAGAAAUGUGCAGAGUGCGGGGCAAAAGCGAACUGCCAUAGAUGCUUUCUUUGCAAACAGCUGUACUGCUUGAACUGUGAAAGCUGCUGUGAUGAGAAGCACCAGUUCGACAUACAUCCCAGAUCAGAGAGCGCUUUGCUACAGUGGACCCUGAUGCAGAUUGUUAGUGAUUUGUUCCGUUCGCAGGUGCAGAAUAAGCCACCUACACUGGAAGGAUGGUCCAAUGGGUUACGCAACAUGCUGAAAGACACCUCAGGCCAGGUAAAGAGCCAGAUCGAAGAAGCCGUGUCCAGUGUUUGGAAGACCCAGACCUUGGAGGUACAGCAGGGUCGCGAUCUGCUCAGAUUGAAAGAGCCCAGCCAGGCGGCUCUGGAAUGGUUGCUGAAAGCCAAAUACGGCCUGCGAUGCGUCACCGUCCAUGGUCAUGCUCGGGUGACCCUGGAUGAGGAAGUCCUCAAAGGUUUCCCCACAGGGCCAGCCCUUGCGCACGCGUUCCUAGGCUUGAAGCCCAAAAUGGCUUCUAAGCCCAAGGAUUGGGCUGGCAAGUGGGACCUAUACAGGCUGAAGCAGCCGAAACUCGGAAUGCAAGAUCAGGACUUCAGCAAGCCUGAACACCGCGAACAUGUUUCCAUCGAGUCCGAGCGGAUUGAGUUGAAGGAGUCCAAAGAGCCCGACAAACUCCAAGUGUUUCGCACAGGGCAGAGAAUCUGGUUCCCGGCUUGUACAACUCCCGGAGAUCUGUCCGUGGAUCCGUCCACUCAACGACAGCAGCUGAAGUUUCGAUUGCAUUUCUGUGGUCGAAGGACUCUGCGAGAGAAGAGUCGCCACAAGUGGAUGGCAGUGACUCUGUUCAAGCGGUUUGACGAAGAGGGCAAGGAGCUUCAAUAUUUGGAGGGCACUCAGGUGAUGCAUUGGGAUAAGGACUUUGCCAGUAAGCGUUGGGAGGGUCACUAUGGCCGUGCAGAUGCUGGCAGGGGGGAGGUGGUUCAACUGCACCCAUGCGAGCCGUGGCCGACGGAAGAUGAUGUUCAAGACAACAAGGCGUCAGUGACAGCUGCAAUAGAGCUCGCAAAGCUCUGGCGUGAGAUGUACGAGCGUUUAGAGGAGAAGGAGCGUAAGGCACCUGUUUCGCGAAGAGUGCUUAAUGCUGAUCUCAACCUCACGGAAGUCGUGUCUGACACGUUAGCGGUGGCCCUUCGGAACUUGCUGUUCGAUCGAUUUGGCUUCGAUGUGGCCAGCAAACAUGACGGCUCUGGUCCGAGAAGAUUUGCAAGAACUUAG